AUGUCGAAGAAGAGACGACACACUUCCGCCUCCGACGACAAUCGUGCGACUGCAUCUCGUCGUUACUCUCUGCACAGCACAGCUACUGCCACUGCCACUGGCUUGGAUGUGGGGUACGCUUCUUCUAGAGCUUCUGUCCGACGGGCCAAGUCAGCCCAGUCGCGAUCUCCUCCUCCAAGGAUAUUCAUCAAGCCCAAGUUAGAGACUGUCAAUGACGAGUGUGGGCAAAGGACGUCUGUUGCAACUGCUCGUCCAACUCAGCAUGGGUACAACACCCGGGCAGCAGCGUCAGCCCUCGCGAGACCUGCUCCUCGGCGUUCUUCGUCUCUACACUAUUCAACGAGCUCAACGAAUGCCCCGCCUUCCAGAUUGCCUAGGUCUUCGACUCUUCUACGGCCUGUCAACACCAAGCUGAUCUCUGGUCCUGAUGCCAACUUGAAUAGACAAGACACGAUAGGCAAUAAUUCUUCGGUGGCUAUCAGGAAAGCGAUGAGGGCUCCUUCACCAGAGAGCAAAGAGAACAGGCCUUCUGCUCAGCUCUCGACUUCUCAUGAAAGGUCGGUAAAGCAAAGAUACACUCCUUUUAUUCGUAAACAGUCUCCACUUGUACCUAAGGAACGUCGAACGAGCCAACAAUCUCCAUCCAAGGUCUUCCUACUGCCGAAGGACGAAGGACGUCCCAAGCAUUACAAGUCCACUCUCUCACGUCAUUCAUCUGAGAGCGCUGCGGUAAUACGUCCUAAGCGAAAGACAAGUCUUGUUAGGAGAAAAACAAGCCAUACUGUCUAUCCGUCUCUCCCAUCUAUAGUGAUGGAACAUUCUCCGCCGCAGUUUGACGUUGGUUUACAAACGAACCAGCUUUCAUUAGAAGAAAAAACGAUAAGAACACCUGAUGAAGCUCUGGCUGCAUAUGCGUCUACACCUAACGCAUCUGCCGUGAAGCCGAGUCCUCGCCCGUUUCUGUUGCCUCGCAAACCAGGUACCAUGCCAUCUUCUUCCUCGAUACACAGCCUCGUCUCUCUUCCGACGCAAGUCCUUAAACACACACCGGUCACUUCUGCUUCCGGUUCGCCAUGCAUUUCCAAAGCGCGUAUUAAGACUAUCUGGACUAUGAUGGACGAAAUUAGGCUUGUCAAGUCGGGUGGUCUGCUUACGGAUCAACAUGCCCUCGUUCCCAGCUCUCAGGCUCGGGUUAUUCCACUCUUCCAGCGCUUCAGGCACGAAGCUGAUACGAACGCAUCUCCACAAGGCGUUGCUCUCGGAAGGACGCCUGUCCGUUCAGCUUCUACUCCGUAUCAUUUGCUGGCGUCAGCGGCCCGUCGCUCGAGCGCCAUACCGCCUAACGCUCUCCCACGUCUCCCAAGCCUUUCACGCGCUCUGGCCAAUGCUCUUGUUGAACAGGAAGAAGACGAAGAAGACAACUUCAUAGGCAUAGAAGAUCAACAACGAAAAGAUAGUAAUAAAGAAGACAAGCAGAAAUCCAAUAAUUGGGGGUUCAUGGACGUGAAGAGACUCCAACGUCGCUCAACAGUCUCAAACCCAGUAGUUUCCACCGAAGGUUAUAAGGUGUAUCUCAAAGGACGAAGCACGAAGCCUUCGCUUCUCUCUCGGGCGCAGACGCUUGCGAAGCUCAAGUUCUCGGGCUCGAGGAAGGUCGUGGGACGCGGCGAUCCGAAGUGGAAUUGA